AUGUUGUUCAGCAAACUUCUCGUCACUAGUAUGGCCUCCGUUGCCAUGGGUCAAGGCCUGACACAGAUGCUCGCCGAUCAUCCUUCGUUGUCUAACCUGACGACGUACCUAAACUUAUAUCCUGAUAUUCUCAGUAACCUGAGGUCUUUAUCUAACAUUACCUUGCUGGCUCCCAGUAACAUGGCUUUCCAGACCGCGCUCAACUCGUCCGCGGGCGCAAUGUUCUCAGCUGGCGAUGCAGACAUGAUCACUGCUAUUUUCUCGUAUCACGUUCUAAAUGGCUCAUACUCCAAUUUCAACACCACGCCAGAGUUUUUUAACACACAUUUGAUGCCUGGAAUGUACGCCAAUGUGACAGGCGGACAAGUUGUAGAGGCCAUCUCUAGCUCCAACAUGUCUAAUGCGACUGUGACUUUCUAUUCAGGUCUUCUGCAGAACGCGUCAGUUACCGCCAAUGGAACCUUCAAUUUUACGGGCGGCGUCGUCCAUAUAGUGGACGACUUCCUGCAAAUUCCAUCGAAUCUUACAAAUACUGCCGUCCAGUUCAAUUUGCGCUCUGCAGUUGGCGCACUCACAGCUGCAAACCUGGCCGAGGAAACAGAUACCAUGAUGGAUAUGACUUUUUUCGUGCCAAACAACGCGGCCUUCCAAGCAGUUGGCACCACUCUUGCGACAUCCUCCCCGCAGGAUCUCUCACGCAUCUUACGGUACCACCUAGUGAAUGGAACUAUCAGCUAUAGCAGGGAUUUGAAGAAUGGAAGUACACUCGUCACAGCCGACGGCCUCCCAGUCACCAUUACCAGGGAGGAGGGGGACCUGUACGUCAACAGCGCUCGAGUCGUUACUCCGGACGUGCUGGUUGCCAACGGGGUGAUGCAUAUUAUCGAUGGUGUUCUUAACCCUGCCAAUCAAACUGUAUCAGCUCAACCCACAGCAUCUACAGGGGAGCCCGCAUUUAGUGACGCCAGCUCCGCCUCUAGCGCACCAUUCACAAGCGGUGUGCCAUCGGCGACAACCUCCGUCGAUACCGCACGUCCUACAGGCUCCGCUUCAAUCUCCGAAAGUGGAAGUGGCAUGGGCAGCUCGAGUUCGAGCUCGGCUGGAGCGAUGCCUCUAAAAACUGGUGCUAUCGGAGCGGUUGCCCUGUUCGGUGGUGCCGCUGGACUCAUGAAUCUGUGA